AUGAGCCUCGCCUCCCCAGCCCAAAUCACUCCCACCGCCAUUCCCGGCGACCGACGCGGCACCAUGGCCGACGAGAGGAGUAGCGGCGGCGACUCCACGCCCCGGGCCAUCGACAGCGCUUCAUCCGACAGGCAGACAGAGCAGAGCAAGCGGGAGAGCAAAGGCAAGAAGCGCGGCCUGUUUGGCUUUGGCAAGAAGAAGGCGGAGGCUCAGUCCAAGGCUGGUCCUGGAACAGGGAGCCCAUAUGCUUCCCAAGAGCCGUCAAAAACGGCGGCCACGCGCUCUGCCGCGCGAUCAACCGCCUCGCCAAUUCAGCUUGGCCAUGGCGACCAUCCGUUUGCCCCUUCUUCUCCUAGUACCCGUGCAUUCUCCGGCUCUCCGAGAAUAGCGUCACCGGCGACCUCCCAGAUAUUCGAACGUGAUGUGCAGGACCACAGUCUCCUGAAGUCCUCAUCUCCAGCCAUCCCGAGCCACAUCCAGACCGAGAACCACAUCCCUCCCGUGUUGGAUGAUGCGUCAGAAGCCAUCACCAACAACAAGCUGGAUCCCGACAGCGUCGAGAUUGUCACUCACGCUUCCCACCAGCCCGCCUCGGUAGCUGUCCCCGGCACAAGCGCCAGCCACACACCGCAUGAUCAAGGCCCAAGUGACUGGGCUUCGGAGCUCGCCUCGUUUGCGAACCGCAUAGGAUUUCCGGCCGAUAGCGCCUCCAACUACGGCUCUCUCGACUCUGCCGAUGUCAGACGCCUCUCCUUCAUCUCGUUUGCCGAUGUCGUCCAAGCUGAACACAGUGGCCACUAUCUGCCUUCCAUGUCAUCCCGAGACAAUAUGCACAUUGUCGGCCUCACGUCUCUUUCCGCAUCAGCCAUGAACCGAUCGCCGUCACCAAUUCGAUCGCCAGUCUCUAGCCAGGGACCUGGAACCAGCCCGCCCACGAGCAACCCCGGCAGUAUAAAAGGUUUGGAUAUGAGCCCAACGCGAAAACCGAUUGGCAGCCCUUCCAGCGCAAACUAUACUCUGACGACACCGGGAGAGCUGAAUAUCGAGACAAUGAGCCAGGCGCUGAAACGCAGUGCAAGCAGAGACUUUAACAGCAGCGUUCGCAGCAACCCUCAGAGUCCGGUGUAA